AUAGUAUUUAUCUCUCUUACUUUAUUCUUACAUGUAUACUUCCUAGGGUUAAAUUUUAGAUCGAUCUACUCUGCUGACUCACUGGUUAAGAUAACCUACUUGUUUACUGGUACAUUAAACGAAAAAUGGAUUAGGAUUUUUUCUCAUAUAACAGUUGGUUGGCCUAGUAACACCUAAAAAUGGCUGUUAACGCAGAUUUACAGAAAGAAAGGAAUUCUGCCACCUUUAACAUCGAGAAAUUAACAGAAGUAUUGUAUGAUGGCAAGGCAAUGGUCAAACGACGAAGAUAUUUGCAGAAGAUCGUUCUGGAAGACAAAUACCUGACAUCAUUCCCACCGUGGUGGAAUCGUGAUCGUAAUGCACAAUACGAUAUCGGUGUCAAGAAGAAUGUGUACUUUACAAAACUAAUUCAGGAUCUCAACAUUACUGACUUUGCAGAACAGUUCUACUUGAAGGAGGCCGGCGGACAUGAAGCGAACCCACUUGGAUUACAUGAAGAUAUGUUUGUACCAACUAUCGAAAAACUAGGAACAAAAGAACAAAUUGCAAAGUAUCUGGAACCAGCUAAACAAUACAAAAUCAUAGGAACAUAUGCACAAACAGAGCUUGGUCAUGGAACGUUUAUACGUGGGUUGGAGACAACAGCUACAUAUGAUCAAGACACAGAACAAUUUGUUAUCAACAGCCCAACAGUUUCGUCUACAAAAUACUGGCCUGGAUCAUUAGGAAAGACGAGUAACCAUGUGGUGCUAAUGGCACAGUUAUUGUCUCAAGGCAAAUGCCAUGGUAUACAUGCGUUUAUUGUGCAAAUCAGAAGUGAGAAGGAUCAUACACCUUUACCAGGAAUAUCGGUUGGAGAUAUCGGUAACAAAAUUGGAUAUAACGCUAUGGACAAUGGGUUCCUUAGAUUUGAUAAUGUUCGAAUUCCCAGAAGAAAUCUACUAGCACGAUAUUCCAGGAUUGAGAAAGAUGGUACUUAUAUACCGGCAAAAAACCCUAGACUAGCUUAUGGUACCAUGGUUUUUGUUCGUGCAUUAAUUGUUGGAGGUUGUUCUAAGUCGCUGGCUCAAGCCUGUGUGAUAACAACAAGAUACAGUGCUGUAAGAAGACAAACUGAAAUAAGACCAGGGUAAAAUUACCAGAUUCUA